AGGUGCGACAGCUCAACAUCCAUAGGUCUUUUUUCUUUACACAGAUAUCCUAGCACAUAUUACAAUGGAGUAAAAACUAUUCUGAUCCAAAUUUGCAUUGAAGAAAAUAUUCACUCCUCUACAGAAUACUAAUAUUCAUGAGUGUGAGAGACAGAAGAUCAGAUUACCAAUGUCUCUUAUCAUUCGGAUUUUUCCGACACUAAGAGUUCAGCUUUAACUUUUAACCACAGACAUCCACAAAACUGAGCACAUGGAGCGAGUCUUAAAGUACUUCAAGUCAGGUACAGAGGCCAAGAUGAAUGCGGUUUGUGGGCUCAUCAUCCUAACCAGCAUGAUCACAUACAAGGUGUAUGAAUUUAAGUGUCCAUGCAUACCUGGAUUUAACAAACCUUACUCCUUGAUGGUCUUGCUUGUUCCACCUUUUAUAUUCUUCUUUGUUGGUGUUAUUGUUAGCCAGUACUGUACUAUGCUGACUCUGGAAUAUUCCAGACCUGAAGGCAACCGAGAGAAGAACAAGAAACUUUUAAGGCAAAUGUUUACAGCAAUGAUUGCCAGGGCUUUGGCAGCACCAGUCCUGUGGAUUUUAGUUUGCUUACUGGAUGGAAAAACAUUAGUGUGUGCAUUCAGUGAAACAAUGGAUCCAGAACAGUUUGGAGGCUUUGCUGACCUUGUCGAGUAUGACACAGCAUUCCUACUGGCCAUAGUACCUUGUAAAUCCUUUGGGCUGCUUCAUACAUCCUCUACCAGAAAGGCAAUAUCGAGGUUCCUUAAAUUCUUAUCACAGGCGAUUGGUUAUAUCACAAUACUGGUUUUUAUCGUACUUGCGGCUGUUGCACGCUUUGUGGGCCCAAUGUUAAACCCAGCUGCAUCUCUGCAACUUCGCUACUGGUCCAGGUACACAGACAUGGAGGAGAAAUGCUUUGAGGAAAUGUGUAUAGAACACAACCACAAGGUUGCAGAGAGAAACAUAAAGGGUUACUUUGAAAAGGGGAAUGACCGAGAAGAGCGAUACGAGGCUUACACAGAAUUGGCUGAAGCUCCAGUAGAGACACUAAUUUAUGUGGAUAAGUGGUACCACAGUCGCCCAUCUAUUCUUGGGGCAGAACCUCCAGAUCAUCAUUAUGAAUAAAGUCUAAAGUCGUUAAAAGAUAUUAGUAAAUAGAAUUUUGCAGAAACUGAAUGCACAUGGGUAAACUGAAUCACUUUAUAACAGGGUUGUCCAACCUUUUGACCUUCCUGGGCCACACAUAAAAUACACUAGCAAUAAAGAUAGCUGAUGAGCAGGAAAAGUCGGGCAGAUAACAAGUUAACAAUCACUGAUAUAGAUAAUGUACCUAUCUUAAUAUUAAAACUUAAUUUUUUGUAAUAUUUUUUAUUAUAAAAGUAAGAGGGCAACCUAAAAUUAGUGCAAUAUUUGACACUGUUUUUGAUAAACUAACACAUCUAUAUCUGAUUCAAUGGAUGUAGUAGCAAUUCUCAAGGUGCUCAUCAUGUGCUUCAUCCUUGAAAAUAGUUGCUUACAAAUAUAGGUGCUGCUAAAAACGAAUGACAUGAAUAAGGCGUGAUUGUGAAAUGUGGGAUUUUGUUGCAUUGGAAAGACUUAUAAAAGUCCAGUAAAAAAACACUGUACAAAUUG